ACGCUGCCCCCGCGCCCUCGACUCCGUCGGCCUCGGGCUCCCGCGCCGCGCAGCAAUCCGCGGACGCCGGGGUCUCUUCCCUCGCGCGCUCGCUCCCUCUCCACACCCCCACCCCGGCAGGUCCCUCCCCCAAGUCUGCUCCCGAGGCCGCCACUGCUGCCGCCGCCGCCGCUACCGGAGGCGCAGGAGCCUCGCGAUAGUGUUUGCACAGGCGGCGCGUGACGCCGCCGCCGCCUGUAACUGAUGCAGAGGUUACCCCGCCGCCUCAGCCGCCACCCACCGCCCGCCGCCACCACCCGGGCGACGCCGAGGGCCGACGCACUGCAGAGGUGCCGGCAGGUUCCGCCCGCGGAAGUCUUCUCGGCCGGCGCAGCCCGCGCUCCGCCCGCGCUCCGACCCCAGCUUCGGCGGGCGCCCCCUCGACGCCUCCGCCGCCGCGCUCCUUUCCUCUGCCUCUUCUCCGGCGCGCCCGCUCGCUCCCUCGCUUCUCCCCCUCUCCCUCCUCCCCGUCCCCUCUCCUUCCCUCACCUCUUCCCUCCCCACCUCCUCUCUUCUCAGUUUCCUCCCCCAUCCCCUUGACUCUCCCCUCCCUGCCCUCGCUCUCUCGCUCGCCCACAGCGCUGCCCCCGCCAUGACGGAGGCGGGUGCCGGUGCCGUUGCUGCCGCUGCCGCUGCCGUCGCAGGGGGGGAGUCGGGUUCCCAGAAAGUAGCUUGAUGAGUGUCCAAAGUAGCAGUGGAAGUUUGGAGGGGCCGCCAUCUUGGUCCCAGCUCUCCACGUCUCCAACCCCGGGCUCGGCAGCGGCGGCCAGGUCCCUGCUGAAUCACACGCCGCCAUCCGGGAGGCCCAGGGAAGGUGCAAUGGAUGAGCUUCAUAGUCUGGAUCCACGAAGACAAGAACUAUUGGAAGCUAGAUUUACCGGAGUUGCAAGUGGGAGCACUGGGAGUACUGGCAGUUGCAGUGUUGGAGCUAAAGCCUCAACAAAUAAUGAAAGCUCUAAUCACAGCUUUGGAAGCUUGGGAUCUUUAAGUGACAAGGAAUCUGAGACACCAGAGAAGAAACAAUCGGAAUCAUCUAGGGGAAGAAAGAGAAAAGCAGAAAACCAGAAUGAAAGUAGUCAGGGAAAAAGUAUUGGAGGACGUGGCCACAAAAUUAGUGACUAUUUUGAAUACCAGGGUGGAAAUGGCUCAAGUCCAGUAAGAGGCAUACCUCCUGCAAUCCGUUCUCCUCAAAAUUCACAUUCACAUUCCACUCCUUCCUCAUCUGUUCGACCGAAUAGCCCUUCUCCUACUGCAUUAGCUUUUGGGGACCACCCUAUUGUACAACCAAAGCAGUUAUCCUUUAAAAUUACUCAGACUGAUCUCACAAUGCUGAAAUUAGCAGCAUUAGAAAGUAAUAAAAACCAGGAUCUGGAAAAGAAGGAAGGUCGUAUAGAUGAUUUGCUCAGGGCUAACUGUGAUCUCAGACGGCAGAUAGAUGAACAACAAAAAUUACUUGAAAAAUACAAAGAACGAUUAAAUAAGUGUAUAUCAAUGAGCAAGAAACUUCUUAUUGAAAAGAGUACACAAGAAAAACUGUCAAGCCGAGAGAAGAGUAUGCAAGAUAGAUUACGCCUGGGGCACUUCACAACAGUUAGACAUGGAGCUUCAUUUACUGAACAGUGGACAGAUGGUUUUGCAUUUCAGAAUCUUGUGAAGCAACAAGAAUGGGUGAAUCAGCAAAGAGAAGAUAUUGAAAGGCAAAGGAAACUUCUAGCCAAACGCAAACCUCCCACAGCUAAUAAUUCUCAGGCACCCUCUACCAAUUCUGAACCAAAACAAAGGAAAAACAAAGCAGUCAACGGAGCAGAAAAUGAUCCCUUUGUUAGACCAAACUUACCACAACUGUUGACUUUGGCAGAAUAUCACGAACAGGAAGAAAUUUUCAAACUUAGACUAGGACAUCUCAAAAAGGAAGAGGCAGAAAUCCAGGCAGAACUAGAACGUUUGGAAAGAGUCAGAAAUCUUCAUAUACGGGAGCUCAAAAGAAUAAACAAUGAAGAUAAUUCACAGGCUUUUGACCUUUAUGAACAAAGAUAUGCUGCUGUGAAGAUACAUCAGCUUAAUAAAAGUUGGAGAGAUGAGAAAAAAGAAAACUACCACAAACAUGCCUGCAGAGAGUAUAGAAUACACAAAGAACUGGAUCACCCCAGAAUAGUUAAACUCUAUGAUUACUUCUCCUUGGAUACAGAUACGUUUUGCACAGUGUUGGAAUACUGUGAAGGCAAUGACUUGGAUUUCUAUCUCAAGCAACACAAAUUAAUGUCAGAGAAAGAAGCUAGGUCUAUUGUAAUGCAGAUUGUAAAUGCACUAAGAUAUCUCAAUGAGAUCAAACCCCCUAUUAUACAUUAUGAUCUUAAACCAGGAAACAUCCUUCUGGUAGAUGGAACAGCAUGUGGAGAAAUCAAAAUCACUGAUUUUGGUCUGUCCAAGAUUAUGGACGAUGAUAGCUAUGGUGUAGAUGGAAUGGAUCUUACUUCCCAAGGGGCAGGCACUUACUGGUAUUUACCUCCUGAGUGUUUUGUAGUUGGAAAAGAGCCUCCAAAGAUUUCCAACAAGGUUGAUGUGUGGUCAGUUGGAGUUAUCUUCUUUCAGUGUCUUUAUGGUAGAAAGCCAUUUGGUCACAAUCAAUCUCAACAAGACAUUCUUCAAGAAAAUACGAUAUUAAAAGCCACAGAAGUCCAGUUCCCUGUAAAACCAGUUGUAAGCAGUGAAGCCAAGGCCUUUAUCAGACGCUGUUUGGCAUACCGAAAAGAGGAUCGGUUUGAUGUGCACCAAUUGGCAAAUGACCCAUACCUUCUCCCACACAUGAGAAGAUCAAAUUCUUCAGGGAACUUACACCUGGCUGGGCUGACAGCAUCUCCAACACCCCCUUCUUCAAGCAUAAUUACCUACUGACUUUCCUCCAAGAUGGGCAUGAUAUCUCUGAAUUGCUUCCCAGAUGCACACUUGAGUUUGAGAGCAUUUGAGUGUUUUGUUGUUUUGUUUUCCUUCCUUACACAGGACAUGGUUAAGAACUGUUUGUGAACUGAAGUUCUUCGUAGUGUCAUUUGUAUGAAAGUGGAUCAUGGAUGAUGAAUAAAGGCACAGUUCUGACUAUAAUCUUCAGUGGUGAAGGAUGACUGCCUCUUGCACAGAAACAAGAAUACCAUGUUAAGCUCGAGGAAAAAUUUUUUGUUUAUUUGGGGGAACACUGUAAAUACCGUUUGUAAUACUUAAAUACAUUUGGUUGUUACUAGAGAGUUCUAAUAUGAAGGGUAGUUUUUCAUUAUUUAAAAACGUGGAAAAAAAUAUGAGACAUAUUUCUAACACAAGAACUACAGUGCCUGGAUACAUUCUUCAGCAUUUGGCAGUUACUCUGCUGAAACCAAAGUAAGAACUGAAUGACAGUGACGGUUGUGUUUUAUAGUAAUAGAAUGUGAGAGUUAGACUCUGGACAAAGUUAGGCUUUGUCAUUUGCCUAUUCUGGCUUUUACCAAGUUGUACCUCGAAAUCACGUGUCCAUUUUUCUCACUGGUUAUAUUAAAGGAAGAGCUAUUAUUUCUAGAUACUUUUACAUCUUUGACAAAGUGAGUUGCUUGUUUUGAAAUCAGUUGAAUUCACUGAAUUGUAAUAUCACCAGUGUUUUCAACACAUUAGAAUUGUUAACAGAUUUUUUUCUUUUCUUACCAGGCCUUGUUCAUCCAAACAAGUGACAGUAUAUAACCAAAUGCAGACCAGUUCUAUGCAGGAUAAUGAUAAAUUCCCUUCUAGCGCUAUUGUAAAUUGUUGUACAGGUGUCAUAUAUUUCAUUUGCUAAGUUUCAGCAGCUUAUUCUUGUACAGAUGUUUAAAAAUAUGGCUUUUCUAAUUGGAUAUUGUAUUUUUUUUAAGUCUUCUUGAAGGCGCUUAAUUGCUGCUAAAUGAUGUUGCUUCUUUGCUAAAAAAUUGAAUGACCUUGAAGGUGCAAGUUGACUACAUUAUAGAGAGAUAUUAAAAGCAGGCAUUCAUUAACAAUCAAGGCAUGUGAAAAUGGUCCAAAGUGGACAUAAUGAGUUCUUUAAAUCAGUUUCUUGGGUUCUAGGGCUGUGGAGCACAUAGAUACUAGAUUUAUAAAUUGUUCAUGGUUAUUCUACAUUUCUAGAAGGUUCUUAUCAGCAAGGUGGGAUGAUGGUCCCAUAAACAAGUUUCUUGGGGUUUGUACAGAUUUGUUAAAAUGUGAACAUUUUCUAAACUGCCUUGUAUGGUAGAAACCGAUAUUUUUCAGGAUGCUGUAUUUUACUCCUGUAAGAAUUUUUUCUUUAUUGUCACAUUCAUAAUGUUGAUACUUACUUACAUGUAAGUUGUCCAUGUUGCAGAAAAUAGAGGCUAUACUUACCACAGAUUAUCCUUAAUUUUGUACAGUUAAACUGUGGGUCUUAUUUCUGAUGUUCCAAGCCAUUUUGUUUUUCAUUGUACAUAGAUACAUUGUCUCUUUAAGAUGCUGCUGAAAUUGUAGAGAAUGUAGCCAAAACAGAAUAAACAAUGACAGUUAAAAUGUAAAGACUAUGAAAAUUAUAUUCAAAGGGAGCUUUCAAGAUUCAGGAUAUUGACUAACUUAGCUCUUUUACUUAAGAAUCAGCUGAAUAAAUUCUCUAAGUAUACU